AUGGAAGGGGGAAAUCACUCAUUUGUGUCUGAGUUUGUGUUUCUGGGACUCACACAUUCAUGGGAGAUCCAGCUUGUCCUUCUGGUGUUUUCCUCUGUGCUCUACGUGGCAAGCAUGACUGCAAACAUCCUCAUUAUAUUUUCUGUGACCACUAAUCCUCAUUUACAUACCCCCAUGUACUUUCUACUGGCCAGUCUCUCCUUCAUUGACUUGGGAGUCUGCUCCACUGGUGGCCCCAAGAUGAUUUAUGACCUCUUCAGAGAGCGUAAAGUCAUCUCUUUUGGAGGCUGCAUUGCUCAGAUCUUCUUCAUCCACUUCCUUGGUGUUACAGAGAUGGUGCUGCUCAUGGCCAUGGCCUUUGACAGAUAUGUGGCCAUUUGCAAGCCACUCCACUACCUGACAAUUAUGAGCCCACGGAUGUGUAUUUUGUUUACAGUUGUUGCUUGUGCCCUUGGCAUCACUCACUCACUGUUCCAACUAGCACUUAUUAUUAACUUGCCCUUCUGUGGUCCUAAUAUAAUUGACAGCUUUUACUGUGACCUCCCUCGGCUCCUCAGACUGGCCUGUACAGACACCUACAACUUGCAGUUCAUGGUCUUUGCCAAUAAUGGGGUAAUUACUGCUGUCUCUUUCUUUGCACUCAUCGUUGGCUACAUUGUCAUCCUGUUUACUGUUUGGAAACACUCCUCAGGUGGUUCACCAAAGGCCCUCUCCACUUUAUCAGCUCACAUCACUGUGGUGCUUUUGGCCUUUGUACCCUUCAUAUUUGUCUAUACAUGGCCACACCCCAAUUCACAGAUGGACAAGUUUCUUGCACUCUCUGAUGCUGUGCUCACUCCUUUUUUAAAUCCAGUCAUCUACACAUUUAGGAAUAAGGAGAUGAAGGCAGCAAUAAAGAGAUCUUUCAGACAAUUAGUGAUUUUUAGGAAGAUUUCAUAA